AUGAGAACCACACAACGUUGCGAAUCCAUCAACUCCGCUCUAAAAAAUUUUUUAGAGAAGAAUUAUUGCUUGCGUGAAUUUGUAACAACCAUAGAUAUGACAGUCUCAAAGCUCAAACACAGCGAGACUGCAAAUGACUUCAAAAGCAGAUGCACUCGACCUCACCCACCUAAUCCUACAUGCUUGACCACUUACUACAACCAAUGUGCUGAAUUCUACACAAGAACUAUGUACCACAAGGUUGCUGAGCAGCUUGAUUUAGAGAAUAACUAUUUUGUCAUAACUCAAGAGCAAGAAGGAGAGUGGCAGAUAUUCACCAUUGGAAAGUUCCAGCAUCCGGACGUCCAAUACCGAGUUCAUUACUGUGAAGGCCGACGAGCACUACACUGUAGUUGCUUGCUCUAUGAAAGUCAAGGGUACCCUUGUAGACAUUUAUGGGCUACAAUGAAAAGAUUAAACAUGAGAAGAAUACCUAAUUCUCUUCUCAUGAAGCGAUGGAGCAAAUCCGCAAAGAUAAAUCUCCACCUACAUUUUAACCCGCCAGCACAACCACAACAGCACAUUUACGAGAUGGCUAGGUUUGGAUCUCUCAGUUCACUGACUUAUAACUUCACUUUCUAUGCAGCAAAAUCAGAGGACUCGUACAACCGUGCAAAGGAAGAGCUUGAACGACUAACUCUAAUGUUCAAGGAAGAAUUUGACUUGAAUUCCAAUCCGGAAGGAGAGACGCCACAACCUGGAAGAUAUCGUAGCAACCCCAACAUUAUUAAAGACCCCGAAGUUGUGAGAACAAAGGGUACGGGAAAUACAAGGGAAGGACCAAACGGGGAGCAGAUCCUAAGAAACUCAAGACAUUGUCGCAUUUGUCGCUCAUCAGACCAUGAUUAUCGACGGUGCCCAAAUCGUCAACAUAACACUGGAUCUCAGGGGCAACAACCUCCAAACAAUCAACCAGCAUCUGACUCAUUCAAUGACCACUCCAACGCGUAUUUCCCGGAACCGCCUUCCUCCACACAAGAGUCUUACUAUGGUCAUUCUUAUAACUAG